UCAAAAAUGGAGACAUACAGGAACCAACCUACGAUCGAGUUUGAUCCUAUGUGCGAUAGAGAGAAUCCUCAAAAGAUCUCUUUCGAGGAUGUCUCUGCUGCAGCAUUUAGAAUACAGAGUGGGAUUGUUAAAACGCCAUGCGUGAAAUCUCAUAUGUCUUCUAUCUAUGGUAUGGAAAUAUAUCUCAAAAAUGAUUUCUUGCAGCACACGGGAAGUUUCAAAGAGCGCGGUGCUCGUAACGCAUUACUCUUGCUAUCAAAGGAAGCAAAGGAACGCGGCGUCAUAUCCGCAUCGCUAGGCAAUCAUUCGCAGGGUCUAAGUUACCACGCCAAUCUUUUGCAAGUCCCCACCACUGUGGUGAUGCCAAAUGUGGCUCCCAUCAUGAAAAUUGAGAAAUGCCGUUCCUACGGCGCCAAUGUUAUUAUCCACGGCAACGACAUGAAGGAGGCUAAAUACCACGCAAUGACACUAGCGAAGGAGAGAGGACUGACGUAUAUUAAUGGGUAUGAUCACCCGCACAUAAUGUCGGGUCAGGGCACGGUGGGGCUGGAGAUCAUAGAACAGGUGCCCGAGGUGGGCGCCGUGCUGGUACCUGUAGGCGGCGGCGGGCUGAUGGCCGGCGUCGCCACAGCCAUCAAACAUUUGAAGCCGCACGUUCUUAUUUAUGGUGUAGAAACGGAGAAAUGUCCGAGCAUGAAGAUGGCAAUGAAACAAGACGAGCCGGUGAGCGUGGACAUCCGCUCGACGCUCGCCGACGGCCUCGCCGUGCCCACCGUCGGGUACAACGCGUACCGCACCGCCAAACCAUUGAUCGACAAGUUGAUAACAGUUAAUGAAGACUGGAUAGCGCGGGCAAUUCUCCGGCUGGUGGAGCAAGAGAAGUAUGUGGUGGAGGGCGGCGGAGCAGUCGGCGUGGCCGCCAUCAUGGCCGGCCUUGUGCCAGAACUUGCUAAUAAGAAAGUGGUAUGUAUUUUAUCUGGCGGAAACAUUGAUACGACGAUCCUGGGUCGUUGUUUGGAGCGAGGUCUCGCUGCGGAGAGAAGGCUGGUGAAGUUCAAAGUGACGGUGAGCGACCGGCCCGGCGGUAUCGCGGAACUCUGCAAGCUCAUCGCGUCCAUUGGCGUCUCCAUAAAAGACAUCAUGCAAGAACGCGCCUGGGUCUUUGGUGAUAUAUUUAGUGUUCGGGUAAAAGUUGUGUGCGAGACUCGAGGACCGGAUCACUUGGAUGAGCUGCGCACCGUCAUCGCUAACACAUACCGAGAGUGGAACUUCUCUCGGGAAUGCGACUUUGAUGAUUAUUUGAGAACAAAUAGCAAUGAUUCUUUAGACAAUAUUUCACAUUAACACUAUCUCUAUUCCGAUUUGUCUUGCGAGUAUACUAAACCUAUUUAGAGUGGCGCAUCGAUCUAAACAAGGCCCUAGCUCAGACAAUAACGGAUCGUCCAUUAAUCAAGUCAGGCUCGAAAGAGGGGUUACGAAAAAAGCACUAAAUAUCACGAGGGGGGAAAGGUCUGCUGACGUAAAUUUAAUCAUCAUGUCCCUGGCUUUUUCCCACUCACGUAGGGUUGGCACACAAGGUUUUAUAAACCUUAAAGUU